AUGGGGAACUUCGCCAUCAUCUGCAUAUUCUUGGCUCCUGCCUUUUUUCCUCACGCAACAUCCACUACAAUUACCUCGGUCUCCUCCGUGAGGUUGUCCCUAGACAAUGGGACGAUUACGUCUCCCGCUAACAUUUUCGUAUUCGGAAUCUUCCAAGGGCAAAAAGUAUUAUCCGAAAGUCCCACACCAAAUUCUCCGCAGCCAAGUUACUUGGGAAUUUGGUAUCAGCGGUUCCCCAAACAAAUCGUAUGGGUCGCAAACAGGGACAAGCCAUUCUACAAGUAUACUGGAACCAUGAAGAUCUCCAACAGCGACCUCAUAUUCGUCGAUGACUCCAAUGCUACUAUGUGGGAGGAGGAAGGUUUUUCCAGUAGUGGAUCCUUGGAGGCAGAGCUCCUCGAUAGCGGAAAUUUCGUUAUAAGAGAGUCAAACACUGGUCGUAUUGCCUGGCAGAGUUUCGAUACUCCUACCGAUACAUCAUUGCCGGGUAUGAAUAUGGAACCGGGAGCGUUCACAUUAGUUUCUUGGAAGUUUCCUUCUGAUCCGUCAAGCGGAGAUCACAGAUACAACACGUACAUCGAUCGGAAGCUUGUGGAGGGCAUUGGUGUUUGGCAGGAGCAUUUACACUACCGUCAUGUAAGAGAAAACAGAGAAUAUGCCACUCGAGCUUUGCGACAGACCACGAACGCGAGCUACUACGCCGCUUUGAGGUUGAUGGACGAUGGGACACUCAGGUUGUUGGUUUGGACAUCCACAGACCAAGUAUUUAAGUCUCCAUGGGAACUACCAUUCGACGCCUGCGAUUAUUUCAAUGUAUGCGGCUCAAAUAAGUAUUGUCAGAUGAACCCUGAUAAGGUUUGUAAGUGUCUUCAAGGGUUUCAAGAGAGUGAUCAUCUACGGCAGUUGAAAACACAAGCGUGUGUAAGGAUAUCAAACAUGAGUUGCCUCGAAUAUGAGUUUCAGAAGAUGAGUAAAACGAAGCUUCCGAGUCUUACUGAUGAUGACACAACUGUCGAAAUGGUUGUUGGCUUGGACGAGUGUAAGAAGAAAUGCAUCAACAAUUGUACCUGUACAGCGUUUGCAACAGUAAACACGGACAUGCCUAAUUGGAGCAUGGCUUGUGUCUUGUGGUCAGGGCUCUUACAAGACGUUCGUACUUACAACAACACCAACAAGGAGGAGGGUCACGAUCUCUUUGUCAAAUUGCCUCACUCAUCAAAAAAAAAACAACAAGAAAGAAGCCAUAAUUAUUGGUUUUGCGGUUGGAGGCGGCAACUUUUUGAUAAUCAUUGGAUUGAUCUAUCUUUGUUGGGGAAAAAUCAAACUAAUCGUGCAAUAUUUGAGGAUCAUCAAGAGAUCAACCAAACUCAACCAGUACUUAUAUCUGAGGAUAUUAGAUGUACCGUGAUGAACUUCGAAGAUAUUGCCACCGCAACUAACCUAUUUGAUGAGUCUAAUAAACUCGGAGCCGGAGGUUUUGGGAUCGUAUACAAGGGAAGAUUGAUGGAUGGACAAGAGAUCGCCGUAAAAAAAUUGACUAACUUGUCUCGGAAUGCAAUAGAAGGGUUCGAGAACGAGGUGAGGCUUAUUGGUGUCAUCCAACAUGUAAACCUAGUCCGACUGCUCGGAUACGUAUAUAUCAACCACACAACACGAAGCUAUAUCCUUACAUGGGAAAUGAGAUUCGACAUUAUCAAUGGGAUUGUUCGAGGGCUGGUAUAUCUUCACCAAGAUUCGCGGUUCAAGAUCAUUCAUUUGGAUAUAAAACCCAACAACAUACUUCUCGGGAAAGACAUGGUCCCGAAGAUCUCAGAUUUUGGAAUGGCCAAGACUCUUGAAGGUGAUGCGACCCAAGGCCACGUGACGUCUGCGGCUGGAACAAGGGGUUACAUGUCACCGGAAUACACGAUGAACUUGGUAUACUCGGCAAAAUCGGAUGUUUUCAGCUUUGGAGUCAUGCUUCUAGAGAUUAUCAGCGGCAAGAAGAACAGAGAAAUCUCUAGUCUGAACAACGGAGAGACUCUACAAAGCUACAUAUGGAGCAUUUGGAGCCAAGGAAACGGGUUAGAGAUGGUGGACCCGGUCUUCAGAUAUACAUCAUUUCCAUCGGAACAAGUUCUAAGGUGCAUACAGAUUGGGCUUUUGUGUGUUCAACAACUUGCCGAGGACAGACCAACCAUGUCAUCGGUGGCUUUGAUGCUCGGGAGCCAGACAGAAGCCAUUCCUCAACCCAAAAACCCGAAUGAGAUUCCUUCUUUAUCGUCGUCGAGAGGAGAGACGACACAAGGUGAUUCAUCCUACACGGUGAAUCAAAGAACCAUGUCGGUUUUGGAGGGUCGGUAA